CUUUAUUUACCAUUAUUAUUUUUAUACGUCUCACCUCCUCCCCCAUCUUUAUCUCUUUUACAUUUCCUUUCUUCAUUUCCUCUCCUCCUUCAUUUCAGUUCUAGACUUGUAGUACUGCUGAAGGAGGACCCAAAACUCCCACAGUCCUACUGAGUGCCAAAAUCUGUAAACCUCAUUAAAAAAUCCCCUUUAAAAUCACCAUUCCUAAAAACUGAAUGGCAACAUUAUCAUCAUCUUCUUCCCCUUUUACUGGUUACUCUUUUCUGCAACCAAAACCCCAAUUUUCAAGCAAGUUUCUAACUUUUCUCUCUAAUUCACCUCUAAAUUACAGUGAUUUUUCAGUAAGUAUAAAAAGGAAGACACUGUAUGGGAGAAAAUUUUCUGGGUAUUUGAAAACCGUAUCAGAAAAUGGUGAUCAUGGUAGAAUUAUGGGUUCUUAUGGUGGGUUAUCAAUACUUAUGUGCUCAACGACACCGUUUAUUGGGUUUGGAGGAAGAGUUGGGUUGCAAAGAAGAGAAGGAAAUGUUUCUUUGCUAUCAUUUGGAGUUGAUUCUAAUAAUCAAUUAUGUGGGAAUGAUUCAAAAGAAGGGUCUUCUCAAAUUUUGUCUGCUAUGCUUCCAUUUGUGGUUGUUGCUACUGCUGUUGCAGCUCUUUCUCAACCUUCCACUUUUACUUGGGUAUCGAAAGAAUUGUAUGCCCCUGCGCUCGGUGGUAUCAUGCUGUCUAUUGGUAUCAGGUUGUCCAUAAAUGACUUCACCCUUGCAUUUCGAAGACCUUUGCCUCUCUCGCUUGGGUUUAUUGCUCAGUACGUUGCGAAGCCAGCUCUUGGGGUAUUGAUUGCUCAAGCAUACGGUGUAUCACCUGUGUUCUAUGCUGGAUUUGUCCUCACAGCAUGUGUAUCAGGUGCUCAACUAUCAAGCUAUGCCACUUUCUUGAGCAAAGGGGAUGUGGCGUUGAGCAUUUUGUUGACGAGCUCCUCGACAAUUGCAUCUGUAAUUGUUACUCCCCUCUUAACACGCCUUCUUAUCGGAUCAGUUGUUCCUGUUAAUGCCGUUGCCAUGUCUAAGUCUAUAUUACAGGUGGUCUUUGUCCCGAUUAGCCUUGGUUUAUUACUAAAUACGUAUGCCAAAGCCGUUGUUAACCUUGUCCAACCAGUGAUGCCCAUUGUAGCAAUGGUGUGCACUUCAUUGUGUAUCGGGAGUCCCCUUGCUAUAAACCGUGAUAGGAUUCUUUCUACUGAAGGUCUUCGUUUGAUUGCACCCGUGUUGGCAUUUCAUGCAGCAGCUUUCACAUUAGGCUAUUGGCUCUCCAAACUACCAAUUCUCAGGCAAGACGAAGAAGUAUCCAGGACGCUCUCACUCUGCACCGGAAUGCAAAGCUCAACACUAGCCGGUCUUCUUGCUACUCAAUUUCUCGGAAGUAUUCAAGCUGUGCCUUCUGCCUGUUCUGUAGUUGCUAUGGCUAUCAUGGGCCUUAUUCUCGCCUCCUCCUGGGGUAACGGCCUACGGAUCCGUGACCUACAAGACGUAAUCACUCUUUGGUUUAGGUCGAAGAUUAAGGCUUCAUGAUGCUCGUUUUUGGAGUAACCGACACAUAGUCUUAAAGAAGAAUGCUGUUUAGUUUUGUCGAUUGAUGAAUGUUUCUUAUGGCGGAAUUGUAAUGGGAAAAGCAGCAGCAGUUUGGUGCGAUUCGCAUAUGGUAGUGCAAAACUCGGAAAGUUACCUUCCGAUGUCAACUUUCAUAGCAUGCUUUGGCACAUAAAAGCCUAUCGAUAUGCAUGGGCUGAAUAGUUAGAUAUAAAAGCGCUAGAUAGCUUGUAUAGAUCGGAUAAUGCACCUAUAAAUAUAGUGAAUCACUAAAUAUAUGUUUGCAGAGUAAAUAAAAAUCAAUUCGCAUAUCCUUCU